UAGAGCCGCCUAUCGACAAAUCUAUAAACUGCAACGCGUCUCAUUCUCGCCAUAUCUCGCGGUGACGUUGUAGUCGAUGGCGCUUUCAGGAAAGACAGAUGUUUUGGUCCACAAACUAUCGAUUUUCACCAAUUUCUAGUUUGAUUUUGUUGAAUACAGGUCAAUAGCACCAGUGAAAGAUGUGGAAUAGAUUGACAGGUGCUGUCCAAGGGGGACUGGAUAACCUGGUCCCCCAACAAGAAGAUGCGGCUGAUGGAGCACCCAAACAAGAUGACCUAAAAAUCCAGCUCGAGGAGAAGUCAAGACUUGUGCAGCAAUUGCAAGCAAUGAUUCGUGAAAAUGAAACAGCCCUCGUAAAGAAACAAAAAGAACUAGAGGACAGCAAUGCUAAGUUUUCUAAGAUGAAGCUCCAGUCGAAAGCCAAGGUUGCCAGUUUGAACAACCAGUUGGAAGAAAUGAAGAAGGGCAUGUCAGAGAAUGUUGACAAGUGUUCUGAAGCCUCUGAUGAGAGCUCAACAUCCGACCAGGGCAACCGCGGCAAACUCAUCGUCCUGAAGAAAAAACUUGAAGAGAAAGAACAGCAGAUUAGAUCCAAAUUAGACGAACUUGGGACGAAGGACAAGAUCAUAUUAGAACGUGAUGAUGCUGUUCGGACGCUACAGGAAGAGCUGGACAAAUUGAAAGAAGCUGCUGAUACUGGAGUAGAGACAAGCGCCGAUGGAGAUAAAACAAUCGAGGAAAUGUACGCCCAGAUGGUUUAUAAGGAUCGCAAGAUCAUGGAACUGAACGAGAAGAUCUUAGACAAUGAGAAGGUGAUCCUCGACCUCCAGGAGCACAUCAGUGAGAAGGGACAGGUCAUCAAGGGCAGGGACCAGGCCAUCACGCUUAUUCAACAAUCCACAUCAGAGAAGGACGAAUCUAUAGCUCUUCUCAAUACAUCACUAGAAAAUGUAAAGGACCGACUAAAAGGAUACCAGGAAGAAAUUGACCAACUUCAACACCGCCUUUCCGAAAAGACCGCAGAAGCGGAAAAAGAUCUGACCAAUUUCGAUUUAAAACUUCGUGAAACGCAACGUUAUUUCGAAGAAAUCCUUGAGGAAAAAAGCAAGGAGAUGAACAGUUUGAAAGAUAUGAUUCGUGAGAAGGACAGUGAGAUCCUCGCCAGGGAUGAGGAUAUCCGCGAAUUAAUCAAACGCCAUGAGAACGAAGUGAAAAAAUUAACUGCCAAAGGUGAGGUAGACAUCCAGGACCAAGUGUUCAAAAUGAUGGAACAAAAGUUGCGGGACACCAAUGACGUUCUUGCGGGGAAAGUCAAAGUGAUAGAAAUGCUACAGGCGGAAAUUGGACAGAAAGAAAAACAGUUGUUAGAGCAAGGCACUUUGAUAAAGAACUCAAACGAGAAGCUCCUCGGUACACAAGAGGAGCUUCGACUACUUCGAGAGGAAAAUAGCAGCGCUCGUCAAGAAAUUGACGUCCUGAAAGAAAAAAAUACUGGUGCUCAAGAGGAGAUACGGGUGCUUCAAGAGAAAACUAAGAAAGAACAGGCGUCUGCUCAGAAGAGUUCGUCUGGCGACAAAGCUUUGGAAGCUAAGAUGACCAAGAUGAAAGCUGCUCACACGGCCAAGGUCAAGGCCUUGCAGAAAGAGUUGGAGCAACUGAAGAAGGCUACGUCUGCUGGGAGUGACGUUGAAGCCCUGCGCAACCAGAUUGCCGAGUUGGAAGAUGAAAAAGGAAACUUGCAGUUGAAGAUCUUAGAGCUGGAGGAUUCUUCUAAUCACAAAGGUGCUCAUGAGUCAAGUAUGAAGGAAGUUGUAUCUCAUCGCGACGAGCUGCUGGAGAAAAUGAUGGAUCUUCAAGAGGAGCUCUCCACGAUGAUGGGUGAGAGAGACAACUUCCAAGAGCAGGUCAAUACGCUCCAAUUCCAGAUUGAAGAGGCUUCCAAGAAUUCCUCAAAGGGUGAGGCAGACAAGGAAUCAGAGCAGGAAGGUGCUGUAACAGACUUGGAGUCGCAGCUGAAGGGGGCCAGGGCCACCAUCAGUCAGCUUACCCAUGACAGGGACAAGGAACAGAAGAACCGUGUCACUGCCGAGAUGAAAAUCAAGGAAUACGAAGAGUACAAAAACACUGCAGAAUCUGAUAUUCUUUCUAUGAAUGCCAAGAUCAUGGAAUUGGAGCUGAAUCUGUCCGGAUCCCAGUCCGAAGUGCAAGACUAUAAAGAGAAGUUGAUCUUUAUUGAUGAUGAGAAGGUCUCCAUGGAAUUGAAGCUAACUGAACUGGAGGAGGUCAGAGAUGGUCUGGACGCUGACAAGCAGCACCUCACCCAGGAAGUGGAGCGACUCCUUGAGAAGAUCGAGUAUGAAAACAUUCAUAGCGAAAGGGAGUACGAAGCACUCCGAGAUCAGGUGGCAGAUCUUACUGCUAAGCAUGCAGAUGCCCUGAAGAAGCUGUCUUCCCUCAAAGCUGAACAUGAGACACUUGACCAAGAGGUUCAGAAGCUUCGUCCACUCAAAGAAAAAGCUGCUCAACUUGAGAGUGAUCUCACAACACUCCAGCAGGCCUUUGAUAAAACAGAGUUAUCCCGACGAAACCUGGAACAGUCCCUUGAAAAAACCCAGGAGGAGCUAUCCGAGAAACGAUCCGAUUUCGAAAAGCUUCAAACCCAGUUCGACACGGCGAAUAAGCAGAUUCAUGACAUCACUGCCCAAUUACAUAACAAGGAAUCGGAAAUUAGCACUUUUUGUGCAAAGUUUGCAUCUCGGGAAGCAACGCUUGCUGAGUUGCAGGUACAGAUAGAAGAGCGGGAGGACCAUUUGAAUAAUCUCGUAGACACGAACAGGAAUCUCAAUACCACAAUUGAGAAUCUUAAAACUGAUCUAGAACAUUCCAAAUCGGAUAACGACAGCCUUGUUACCAUGCACAAGGCUGAGAAGGACCAAUUGAAUCGGACUUUUCAAGAACUUUCGGCCGAGGUUGAAAAUUUGAAUCAUGUGAUCACAAAGAAGGACUUGGAUGUUCGAGGCUUGUCUGAGAAUGUUGACGAGUGCAAUAAACAUAUCGCAAAGUUGAAAGACGAUUCGCAUGAGAAAGAUGCUCGGGUGCAAGAGUUGCAGAUUACGCUGCACCGAUCUGUUGAGGAGGUCGGGAUUCUAAAGGAAGGACAGAGUGAGGAGGGUAAAAAGGUUGAAUCAAAGAUUCAGUCUCUCCUUGGUCAGAUGUCGGACAUGGAGUCUGAGAUCUCGAACCAGCAGCGGAGUAUUUCGGAACAUCUAGAAAAGAUCGCAGACUUGGAAUCCAGUUUAGAAAAGAAAGAGGCUGCAUUUGUUAACUUGGGAAUGGAGUUUGAAACGCUUAAAGAGAAGCUCGAUGUGCAAACGAAACACGGCAAGGAACAGAUGGAGAGUAUUCAAGAGGAGUUGAUGAAAACGUUACGAUCAUCGCAGGAGAAGGAACACCAGUAUCAGGAGCAGAUGAAGAAGGAGAAGGAAGAUCAUGAUGCCGCACUUGAGGAAAUGCACACAGAGCUGAAUGCAUUGCAGAAGGAGUGCGAUGAAAUGCGUAGCCAGCUUGCCGAGCGGGAUGCAAAAAUACGAUCACUGAGUGACAACUUACAAGAAAUGAAUGAGGAGGUGCAAGUCUAUGUCGAGAGAACGGAAACUUUGAACUCUGAGCUUGACCAAUCUCAUACUGAAUUAGACUCUUUAAAAACCGACCUGACCCAAAAUUCUGCCUCGAAUGGUCAAUUGCUGAAGGAUAUUGAGGUGUUAGAGGAAGAAAAUAGCGGACUCAGAGAUGCCUUAUCUGAAAAAGAGAGAGCCAUUUCAGAAUAUAAGGCCCAGGUACAAAAUCUCAGUGAUCAGUGUAGUGCUUUGACUACAGGUGUAGAAAGCCUCCGGACAGAAGUUUCUUCUCAAGAGGACGAGGUGAAUCAUUUGACAAUGUCUCUUCAGAAGGCGAACUUGAAUCUUGAGGGUAGAACUCGCGCGCUUGAGGAAAAUACUCGGGUUAUACAGAACUUGAAAGAUGACGUAGAACUGUCAAAUAGCGAGUUGGAUAUGGCAAGAGAAGUUUUAAAACAGAAAGAUGAGAAACUGGCAAAUUUAACUGAGCAGUUGGCGUCUGCUUCUACAGAAUUGUCGUCUGCUGCUGAGCAAAAUGAUUCCCUUACAAAAGAGGUGAAGAACCUUGGAAGUGAGUUAGAAGAGCUGAUGCAGGAGAAUGACUCCCUGAAGCAUCUACUGUCCACGAAGGAGGAAAUGUUCUCCAGGGUGUCGGGUAGCGCUGAUGACCUCACUUCUCAGGUUGAGGAUCUUGUGGCGGAGAAGACGAAGCUUGUAUCCCAGGUUGCCGAACUUCAGAGGGAUCUGGAUGGAGCCAAGAGAAAUCUUGGUGAGAAGGAGGUCAUCAUUGAAGGGCUGAACGACAGUUUGAGUGAACUUGGAGAUAUUGAAACACAGCUCUCUUCCCAGGUUGACGGUCUUGUGGCUGAGAAGGCUGAAUUGAAAGCUCACAUUGCUGACCUCCAGAAAGAUCUGGAAGAUUCGAAAGCUGCCCUCGAAGAGAAGGAUGUAAUCGUCGGCGGCCUGAAUGACAGCAUGGAAGAACUCAAGACACAGCGGAAUGCUUGCGCUGGGGAGAUCGAGAAUCUUUACAACCAAUUAGAAACUUCCAACAACAGUUGCGCUGACCUUGAAGCCAUGUCUGAUGUCAAGGACCAAGAGAUCGAUCGUCUUGUUGAGAACUUGCACAAGAAAGAAGAAGAAGCUGAAAAACUUUCAGGAAAGGUGCAAGGAUUGCAUGAAAGUGUCCUUGACUUGACAAGGAAGCUGUCUGAAAUGACAAACACUCUGCAGCACCGAGAGCAGGAAUGGUCUGACGCAUGUGGGGAGCGAGAUUUACAUCUGACAACUAGGAAUAAGCAGUGUGAAGAUUUGACUCAGCAGUUGUUGGACAGGUCCACCAAGAUGGCCGAGUUAGAAGAACAGUUUUCCGUCCUCACUAGCCAGGUUUCCCAUGCUACGAUAAGUGCGAAAGAAAAAGAUGAUAGGGUAAACGCCUUGAAUGAGCAGGUUGAGAAACUAACACAGCAGUUGAUGGAUAGAGCGAGCAACAUGUCUGUGAUGGAGGAGGACGCGCAGAAACUCGAACAAGUGCUAGAAAAUGUCAAGGCAGAACUCCAGGCCAAGCAGACGGUACUUCUCGAUAAGUUGGAGGAGCAGCAGGUACUGGAACAUCGUCUGCAGGAAUCAAGUAGGAUGAGAGAUGACUUGGAACAGGAAAUUGAAACUUUGCAAAAUUCUGUCCUUGAACUGAGCAAGGCUUCUCAGAAGUUGACUAGCGAGAGGGAAAAAUUGCAGAAUGAUCUAGAUCAAGCUCAAGCUGAUUUGCAACAAGCUCAAACCAGGGAAGAUGACCUGAUGUCUGCCAUUCAAGAGAAGGAUGCCCGGGUUAAUGAGGUCCUUGCAAAGUUAGAGGAUGCUGUGUCUCGAUUAAAAACAUCGGCUGAAGAUGAGGAGGUACUCAGGGUGGAGAAUGGUGUCUAUAGUGAGGAGGUUGAGAGAUUGAAAUCUGAGGUCCAGCAGCUGAAUCUUGAGGGUGAAUCUUUGAAACAGUCAUUGGAUGAGCGAGAGAAUGAAGUAGCCCAGCAGAAGGAGAGCAUUGCUGUGCUUUCAGAGCAGUUGAAGUCAUUCAAAGACUUCAUCAGGGAGAUGCAGGAGAAACAUGAGCUUAGUGUUGAUAAUGUGGCUGAUCUUGAGAGGGAAAAAUCUCAUCUCAGUGAAGACUUGAAGGAGCUUAAAACAGAAUCUGACAGAAAAUCGCAAAUGAUUGAAGAACUGACUACUAGAAGAGCAGCAGUAGAGGAGCAAGUAUCGAAUCUGAUGUCAGACGUUGCCAGUAAGAAUGAUGAACUUGAGGCCUUGAGUACCAACUUUGAAGAUCUUCAAGAAAAAUUCAAGAAAUCGGAAGAUGUUGCAACUGCCUUGCAUAACCAGAUUGAACUCGCCAGUGAGAAUGAGUCUGGUAUCAUGAGCGCUGUUAAAGAAAAGGAUGAGGAGAUACAGAGGUUGAAUGCUGAUCUGAGAGAGUCUGAGAAACGCACCACACAUUGUAACAAAGAGAUUGAGGACCUUCAACAGCUUCUUGCAAAGAUCAAGGAUUCUGAAUCUGCCCUGAGAACAGUGGUUGAGGAGAAGGACACGAAGAUAGCAGUCCUUACUGAAAACAUGGAAGAGCUCUCAGACCAGUUGAACAGCUAUGCUUCUGAGCUUGAUAAGUCUCAGUCCGAACUGUCUGAUGUUUUUAAUCGUGAGAAAGAAACUGAGGAGCAGUUGAAGCUGAAGGAGUCUGAGGUUGUCUCGCAGACGGAUAAGAUCCAGGAGUUGAGUCGCCAGUUCCAAGUCCAUGCUGAAGAGUUUGCUAAGUUACAAGAGGUUGUCAAGUCAUAUCGGGAAAGGGAGGACCAGUUGAUGAAAUCUUUGGCGGUGAAAGAAGAAAAGUUGGCGACUCUUUUAGCAGAGACGGAAGAUAAAGACGCCAUUGUUACAAAGUUAAAAAGCAGCGUUGAAGAUCUUGGUGGACUGGUACAAGAGAAAUCCAAGAGGGUUUCUGGCCUGGAAGAAGAACUAGAGGAGUUGAAGUCCAGAGGUGAAGUGUUUGGAAAAGAAGCUAAAGAGAGAGAAAAUAAGCUAUCUGAGUUGGAAGGAUUGGUUUCCCAGCUAAAAGAUGACCUAGAAUCUCAUAUGGCCAAGUUGUCAACAAUGGAAAAAGAAAAAGCUGCAUUGGAGUCUGAGCUGGAAUUGUUGCAGGUGUCUCGUCGUGACUUGGAGUCUAGUUUGAAGAGUACUCAAGCUGAGUUAGGACUGCAGACAAGUAACCUUGAUGACUUGAAGAGCCAGUUGGAGGAUGCCAAGCUUGGUUUGAAGGCGCGAGAUGCUAGGUUGGAAGAACUUAACGCAUUAUCUGAUAAUCUCCGUACUCAACUUGAGGUGGCGGCUACGGAGUCCCAUAGGGUACAUUCUGCUCUACAGGCCAAGGAGGAGGAGAGGUUGCAGAAGUCACAUGAGAAGGAGUCGUACAUGUCUGAGAUGAUGAAUGCUUUGAAAACAAAAGAUGAGGAGCUGGCGAGGGUUUCAGCCGAAAGUCAGGGGCACCAGGGUCAACUUGAACUUGCCAGUGCUAAUGUAGAGUACUACAAACAGCAGUUGAGUGAGGCUCAAGAAUCUGGCGUUGCUCGGGAGGAAAGUAUAAAGGCGCUGAAAAACCAACUUGAAGAAUUGAAUGGUCUGUCGGAGAAUUUGCGAACUCAACUCGAGAUGUCUGCUGCAGAGACUCAAAGACUGUACACGGCAUUACAGAUGAAGGAAGAAGAGACUGCCCAGACGACACAGGAGAAAGAAUCUUAUGUGUCGGAGAUGAUGCAUGCAUUACAUGUAAAGGAUGAGCGACUUGCCAAGCUUCUAGCUGAUAACAAACAGCACCAGGGCCAGCUUGAGUUAGCCAAUGCUAAUGUUGAGUACUACAAGCAACAGUUGAAUGUUGCAGAGGAGUCUGGUGUGGCUAGAGAGGAGAAUAUCGUGGCGUUGAAAAAUGCGAUUGAACUUUUGGACUCUCAGGUUAGAAACACUGGUCAGGCCCUUGAAGAUAGCAAGGGUCAGCUAGCUAAGGCUGAGGAGAGGGAGCAGGGCUCGAAUGAGGAGCAAGCGCUCAGAAUGGCCGAGUUGGAAAGGUUGCAAAAACAGCUUGCCGAGGUAAAUGCCAGUGCUGUGCAGUCUGGGAAAGAUGCAGAAGAAGCGCAACACAGAAUAUCAGAGUUGGAAUCAAAGUUAGAAUCCCAACAAGCGACUUUGAGUGACUCUGAAUCCAGUUUGAAUGAAGCUCAGGCAGAUUUAGCUACGCAGUCACGCACAAUUGAUGACCUUGAAGACCGGAAUGAGGCUUAUGAGAAAAGCUCAAGAGAAUGCGAUGCCCGGCUAGAAGAGCUGAAUACCCUGUCAGAGAAUCUUCGUAACCAACUUGAAAUGACUGGCGCAGAAACUCAGAGAUUGUACGCAGCCCUGCAGAUGAACGAGGAGGAAAGUUCCCAGACGACCCACGAAAAGGAGUCGUAUGUUUCCGAGAUGAUGCAUGCUUUGCGCAUGAAGGAUGAAGAACUUGCCAAGGCUCUUGCAGACAACACGCAGCUACAAGGACAGUUUGAAUUAGCAAGUGCCAAUGCUGAUUAUUACAAGCAGCAGUUUAGUGUUGCCGAAGAAUCGGGUGUCGCUCGGGAAGAGAAUAUUGUGGUGCUGAAGAAUAAUAUCGAUCUGUUGAAUAAACAGAUGCAGAACUUAUCUCGGAGUUUGAAAGAUGCGAAAGAAGAGUUGGCUGAGGCGUCGGAUCGUGAAACUGGCCUAGUUGAAGAGAUGGAAGAGAAGGAUGAAGAAUUGAAGAAGUUAAACAGCAGUUUUGCACGAAUGUCAGAAGAGGCGUAUGUAAAUGCAGCCAUCAUGGACAAGUUGCAGACAGAGCUACAGUUGUCCGGACAGAGUAAUGAGGAUAUCGUGACUGCAGUAAAGCAGAAGGAUGAGAUGAUUCAGAUGCUGCAAGAAGAUUUGUUGGAGAAGAUGAAUGUGUUGAGCAGGCUGGAGCAGACGUUAGAAGAAAAGGAGAUCAAGCUGGCUUCCUUGGUUGAAAAUUUGGAAAUGAUCGGAGGGGAAUUACAAAGCAAGCGAGAGGCUGUUGAGCAGUUGCAAGAACAACUGGAGGCAAUGAAAGCUCAAGCUGGUAAUUCUACGGAGAAAGAUCGGAAGUUUGCCCUCCUGACGCAGAAGGCAAAGGCAUUCAAACUUCAGGCAACAAACCUUGGAGAGAAAGUCAAGGAGUUAACUGCGCAGUUGGAGAGUGUCAGUAAAGAGCGAGACGAUUUGCUGCAGUUGGUAUCCAGCCGGGAUGACCAGUUGGAACAGUAUGCGGUGUCCAACCAGGAGCUCCAAAGCCAGGCACAGCAAUAUGGGGUACAAAUCCAGCGACUUGUAGAACAGCUCCAGCAGUAUAUGAACGAUUUGGAAAAGAUUCGAGAGGUGGUUGGAGAUGAUCACCCCAGUCCAGAUAAUGGCGAGGUGCAUACGCUAGUUCAUGACAAACUUUCACAUUUGACUGCUGCAAUUGAAGAAAAGAACAGUCAUAUUCAAGACCUAGGUAACAAACUUCAUGAUGCUCAAACUGAUUCGGAAAGGCUGCGGCAGAGCGUGGGGUCCAAGUUAUCCGAUGAUGUGGAUUCUGAAGCCAUGACUGAGAAGGACAAGAAGAUAGCAGAGCUGCACGCUGUGAUAAAUGAAAUGGAUGCUCACGUCAAGUCUUACACUUCGGCAUUAGAGGCAAAACAAGCUGAGCUGAUGGCUUGUGAGAAGGCAUUGGAAGAAAUCCGCAUUCAGAGCAGUGACAAGGACAGUCAGAUUUCAAUGCUGAAAGAUAACCUACAAGCCAUGUCAAAACAGGUCAAAGACAACUCGAAUGAGAUCUACGCCUUACAAGCUCGGCUUCAGCAGUCUAACACAAACUUGGAAGGAAUUAUGAGUACAUUCCAGAUCCGAGGCGGCAACAUUGCGGAACUUAUGGACAGUGCCCAACAGCUGAAUGCGCAGGUCAUGGAAACAACAAAAGAGAAGGAAAAAUUAGAAACUAACAUGGACAAGGCGAAAAAAAUCAUUGAGGUACUUAAACGCAAAUGUCUGGAGAAGGAACGCAAAGUGAAAGAACUCACUGCCAGUCUGGAACAUUCCAGUUCAGAAUUGAUAGACCUCAAAAAAGCCCAACCUGUCUCGGAAGUUUGUAUUGUUCCCGAGAGUGUCCAAGUUUCCGAAAGUGCUAUCAUUCCAGAGACUAUCCGGGUGUCUAAAAGUGCACCAAAUGUGGAGUUAAAUCAAAGUUUCGAUGAGAUGACGUCCAAGUUUUCCGAGAUGGAGAUCAAGUUGAAAACUGCAGAGGAGACGAUAGAGACUGUAAAACGGGAGAAGGAGACAAAAGUUUCAUUCCUUGCUGAGAAUAUGCAGGAAAUGGAGGGACAGUUGCAGCUCUCCAUGGACGAGACCCAACAGCUGCAGGCUCAGUUAAAGGAAACCGAGGACCAGCUCCAGGAACUUCAGAAGCAGUCAGCAAAGGCAAACAGCAAAGUUUUAGAACUUGAAAAUGACUUGGAGAAGCGUGAGGUUGAGAAAACGAAGUAUGUGUCCUUGUUAAAGAAGAUGAAGCUGAAGAUACAUGAUCUAGAGUCUGUGACAGACAGAUCUGAUGUGGAGAAAAGGUUGGAGCAGACGACAGCUGAGAAGGAGCAGCUGCAGCAGACGUUAGCCAGUCUCAGUGCUGAGAAAGAACAGCUACAGCAGUCAUUAGCCAGUCUCGCCACUGAAAAAGAGCAGAUGAUUGCUGAAUUCCAAGAAAUAACUGAACAAUUGAGGACUAAGGAUAAAACUUUAUCUGAUUCAAGUCUUCAGGUUGAGGCACUGAAAGAGCAGGUAGAGAUGCUGAAAGAGCAGCUUGUUCAGACGUUGGAGAGUGUGACUGAAACUGUUGCUGUGAAGCAGGCUACAGAAAGAGCUGAGUCAGAAAUGAAAGAAAUUCGGGCCCUACUUUCUGAGCAAGAAGACACAAUCAGAGGCCUUCAUGGUGAGAUCCGUCGUUUAUCUGUCAUUGAUACGCCUGAGGGAGAAAUGUCUGUUGAUGCCCUAAAACAGAAUUUGAGUGAGAGAGAAGCGGACUUGGAGGCAAUGGCUGCUGAGUUGAUGCGACUGAAGCAGAAGACAACGGAAGCUGUCCAAACUGCUGGUGAAGCAACUUCUGGCCAAGAUUUACAAGAAAUGAAAACAGAGUUGGAUGAAAAGCAGAAAAUGAUUGACUCCUUGGAAAAUGAUAUUGGGAAGAAGGAGAUAACUGAGAUGAAGUACGUCGCAUUGAUAAAGAAGCUCAAACAACAAGUGAUGGCUGAGAAGAAAAAGUCUGUCGCUGUGCCACAGUCUGAAGGAGCUGGUGAUGAGGUUGUCACGUUGACUGAGAAAGUUGCAGAAAUGACAAAGCAGUGUGAAACUGCCCACGCUGAGCUGAAAGAAUCCAAGGAUUUAGUGCAGUCUCUUCACAUGCAGUUGGAUGUUUCUGAUGCAGAGAAGGAAAAAAUGGAAGCAGACGUUAGAAAUGCUCAAGAGCAGACGUCACGCCUUGGAAAUGUAAACAAAGAUUUUGACAGUCUGAAAGAGGAAUUUGGUGCCUUACAACAGGAGCUCCAAGAAAGGAUUCGAAUUGCGACGGACCGUGAUCUUGAGUUAACCUCUGCCAAUGAACAGGUCCAGCUUUUGAAAGAACAGUUGGUCGGAGUAAUCGGGAAUCAAAAAGAUGUUGAAAGUUUAGGAACUGAGAAGGAUAUCAUCAUAGAACAGCUCAAGAAGGAUCUUCUUAUGUAUCAGGAACAAGUCGAGUUUUCCGAAGCCGACACAGCAAAGUUAAGAGAGCGGAUACAGGAAUUACAGUCGCAGUUAGAUGCCAAAAGUGAGAAAGAUGAUGAAGUGCAAGAAGUGAUACAUUCCAUGUCAGAAAAGUUGUUGCUUUUCGAAGAGGAGUCUGAGGUGUUAAGGAAGCAGAAUGAGCAGCUUGAGAAGUCGCUACAGACGAAGGAGAUUCAAGUCGGCGAGCUCCAGUCCUUGGUUGAGAAAGCAGAGGAGCAGGAGAGCAAACUCAGACACGUUGAAGACCAGUGUGAGCUGUUGAAGAAGGUGGUCGCCGAAAAAGAAGAGUAUGUCCAAGAACUCAAUCAAGAACUGAAGAAAAAAGAGGAGUUCCUCCAAGAUUUGAAUCAACAGUUGCAGAAGUAUUCUGAGCAUGCUGAAAGUUUGCAAGAGCAGGUCGAUCAGUAUGAAAUACAGUUAGACGAACGGGAUCAAAUUGUACAGAAUCAGGCUGGUAAUUUGGAGGCACGUGAAAUCGAGGUACGAGACUUGAAAGAGAAGUACGAGACUGAACUCACGGAGAAAGAACAGUUGAGGGAAGAAGUCUUGGCCAAGAGUGCAACAGCUGAAGAUCUGAGGGAAGAAUUGGAAGUCGCCCGGGUGACAAUUGAAGAAAAGGACUCGGCUGUUGUGCAAAUUACCAAGAGAUUUGAGCAGGCUGAGUUGGAGUGCGGAGAAUUGAGGAAGAAACUUGCCAAGGUGACAGAGUUUUCAUUCAGUGAGCUGGAAAACUCCAACGUCUCCAAGAUUUCAGAAGUCAGCGAAGGAGAGUCUCUAAUUGUGCCUGAAUCUGAGGUGUCCUAUGAAUCUUCUGCAGACUCGUCAAUAGAUGUCACUGAAGGGGAUAUGUCUGAUGUGUUGGAGUCGUCAGGAUCCACUGUUGCAGAUACCUCCGUGAGGAGUACCACGGAGACACAGCUUGGUGCUAUACAGGAAAGGGUUCAGCAGCUUGAAGAGGAGAAGUCUGAUCUUGAAGAAGAUCUAGAAAAAGUAACACAGCAUUUGGAUAAUCUGAGUUUUGAACAUGAGAAAUGUGUCACAGAACUUUCAGAGAGUCAACAGCAUGUGCAGCAGUUAGAAAGUCGGCUUAGUGUUACCCAGGGUAGUGAUAAUGAGGAAGUGUUAGAGACGAGCUCCCUUUCUGUACAGGUUUCAGCACUUGCCUCAGAGAAGGAGCACAUUUCUUUAGAGUUGUCAAGGACGCAGGCUACCUUGGAACAGGCCAAGGUUGAGAGGCAUCAUAUUCAAGGGGCAUAUCAGAAACUCCGCUCAGAUUUCGACAAAGUGCUCAAGGACAACAAAGAAAUGCAUUCCAAAAUCAAACGCUACAAACUCGGCCCCAGCAAGUUGAAGAAAGUGGAGGAGGCUGUGGUGGAGCCAGUGAUUGAGAAAGAGCACGCCAUGAGGCAGCAGGUCGCCUUGCCAUCCAGUCCCUCUAGUCAAGGUCAAACGGGUUAUGGUCCUACGUCUAGUCAGUCCUCUAGUCCAGAAAAAGCCCACCAUGAUCGCAGUAGCUUGGAGGAGGUCCGAGUAUUACAGUCCCAGAAUUUGAAACUGCUUGAUGACAAUGAGAAAUUCCGCAGCAAGGCUGAGAUGUUGGAAAUCAAAUCUGAAAAGAUGCUAGCAAAGUUGAAACAGUUCAAGGAUAAGAAUGACAGAUACCAAGUUCAGGUGCAUGAGUUGACAGAAAAAUUGAAUGCCGCAGAAGAGAGGUCAAGGGACGGGGACGAAUUGUUAAAGACUAUUGAGGAUCUACGGAACCGAUUGGAAGGCAGUUUGGCACAAACAUCAUUAAACUCGCCUGAUUUUGAAAUGAUGAAACAAGAACUUGAGACACUGAGGGCAGAGCAUAGAGAUGACGAUUCUGAUAUAAAAGCAGAGAAUCUUGAAUUGGAGACGAAAGUGAAGAAGUUAUUGGGUGAUUUGAUGUCGCAAGAGGCAAAGAAGCAAGCUUUGGAAGAGCAGUAUGAAAUGUUAGAAUCUGAUAACCGGCAGUUCCAGGAGAUUGUGGAUACGUUCACGACUCAGCUCAAGGAGCAGAAUCGGAUAAUUUCUAACUUGAAGGAUGAGAAUGUGAGAAAAACUGAGGAGGUUGAUGAGAUAGAGUGCAAGUUGGAGGAAGAGAAAGACUGCAUGUUCAAUGAGGUUGAGAUGGUCCGAAAUGAGCUUUCGAAGUUGCAAAAGGAGAAUAUGGCCCUGAAACAGACAAAGGACGAAUCUGAUGGUGAGAAACAAGAUUUGUUGAAUGAAAAACAAGAAUUGGAGAAAUUGAAAUGGAAAGUGAGCGAGUUUGAUGCGAUGGAAGAAGAAAUGGAUGAAAUGAAAAAGGAUGAGCAGAUGAUGCAGCAGAAGGUAAAGGAUUUGGAUAAACAGCUUGAGCAGACGACGAAAGAGGCGUCUGCUUUGAAGGAAGAAAAUGACGGCUUGAACUGGAAAGUGCAGGAAUUAGCUGAAUACGAAGAAGAAUUAGAGGAGACUAAGUCAGAUCUGUUCAAGGCACAGACCGAGAACAGUUCACUGAAGAAACAGUUGAGUCAUUUGCAGAUUCGGUUCGAGCAGUUGGUCGAUGUUGAUAAGGAGUAUGAGACAUUGGAUGGGCAGUACAAUGCUGCAGUGAAGGAGAAUGGUGCUAUGGUAAAACAGAUUGAGAAUCUCCACCAACAUUUGAUGGCGGUCCGGCAGGUGCAGAACGACCACGAGGUGCUACAGGAGAAGUUUGGGCAACAGGAGGCAGAGUUGGAACAGGCAAAGACCCAGCUCCAGGAUGUCCAGACCCAGCUCCAGGAUGCCAAAACCAAAGUACAGGAUUAUGGCAAAAAGGCUGAACAUUUCGAGACUGUCAACCAAGAAUUGAAAUCGGUGAAAGACGAGUUUAACACAUUGGUCGUGGAGAAGCAAGCCAUGGGCGAAAGAAUGCAAGAAUUGAGAGAGACACUUGAAGAUUACCGUUUGAAGGCAGAGCAGCAGGGCGGAUUACUGAUCGAGAAAGAAAGUAUCCAACAGCAGAUGUCAAGCCUGGAGACGGAUUACAGUGCCAUGAAAACUGAAAACAAGUCGAUGACUGAACAGCUCCAGGAUAAGAUGAGUACGAUUCUGGAACUGAAGCGAGAUAAUGAGAUUUUUAAGGAACAGCAUGAACACGCCGUGCAGGAAAAGGAAACGAUUUUGACGCAGUUGGAACUUCUGAAUACGCAGUUUGAAGACUUGUUAAACCACCAGAAGAAUUCCAAUGUCGAGAUCCAGAAAUUAAAAGGCGAAUACAACAAGUUAAAAGCCGAGAAUCAGCAUUUGUCGUCGCAGGUUCAGAUGAGUGAUGCGACCGGGGACAGCAAGGCCUAUGAGAAGGAGUUGGAGAAACUUCGAUUGGAAGCGCGCCAAGCCCUUGAGGCGAAGAUUCGACUGGAGAAUGAGUUGUAUGAGGCUGUACAGAACGUCCACCAGCAUGAUAUACGGAAUCAGCAGUUAGCCAUGCAGGUCACUCAGAUAGCUGAAGAACGCAACAAUAUCGUGAUGAGGCUGAACAAUACAAUGAGGAACGUCCGAAAACAAGACCAGCUGAUAUUGGCCCAACAGACGGAGAAUGAAGUUCUCAAACUUGCCAGAGACCAAAUGGAAACUGUGAUUGAGAAAAUUGACCCCAAGGUUCUAGUGAAACUGGACUCCCAGCCUCCCAAGGAAGUGGGCAGCCGAGAGGAUAAAGAAGCUGAUAUCAGUGAUGAGGAUGAACUUCAGAAACUAACUAAAAAGUUAGAGUUGAUGUCCCUGUCCCAGCAGGAGUUGCUCGACAGCCAUGGGCAUCUUGAACAGAGUCUGAUGACUGAAAGACGACAGAGAAAUGAGCUGGAACAGGAGUUGAAAUCUUUAGAAUUCAAACUACAGCAAGAGGAAUCUUUGAAAGAAUUACAUAUCACGAUGGAAGACGAUGAUGAAAAUGUCGACAAUGAGAGACAGAUGUUGAUUGCUCAUCCAGUGCUAACUCGCAAUACAACAUCAGUAACAAAGAAAUGGAGACGUUGGCUAUCAGAAAGAGGUGUCUCCACAAAUCGUCUACUCCGCGCCCGUCCGAGUUUGAAAACUGCUGUCGCUCUAUACAUGGUUGCCAUCCACGCUCUCGUCUUGAUGUGUUUUUUCUCAUGAUACAUGUUCUAAUAUGAUGAGAAAAAUAGACUUGACCAUUUCUCUACGGCAGAUUAGUGCUCCUGUCCAGUGCGUUAUAACAGACACGACAACGUCCUGGAAUUCAAGUCUCAUGACGUCAUGUAGCUGUGUAGGCAAAUACACAUCACAGUGUAUUGCGUGACGUCAUUGCGCCAUAGAUCAGUCUACAGGGUGGCCCAGAAUUAUUUUCCCUUGCACUAUAGAAUUCAAUUGUGUAUCCAUUGGGUGAGGGGAAAAUAAUUUUGGGCCACCCUGUAGUGAACGUCAUAAUGCACUGGACUGGAGUUGUUGAGCCAUUCCAAUGCUACUUGGAGUUAUAAAGGGUGUACCAAAGUACAUGUAAUUCCAUCUCGCAACGUUUUGGGAAAAGGUUCUAUUUCGUCUUUCGUAUGUAACUUAUAUCAUCUGUGCUUUCUGUGAGAACUCCCAUAUGCGUGCACCAAAGAUAUAUUUUCUUGAGUGUCUGCUGUUUGACGUAUCUGCGAUAUUAGGUGCUUCUUCCACUCUGUACAGUAUUCAGUUUUAACAACAUUUAUGUGAUAGUCAAUAUAUCCAGUGCGGUCUGGUAUUCAAAGGUAAAAGUGUCCAUUUUAACGUCAUGUAUUGCCAUGCACACAUCAUUUGAUUUUCCUGUAAGAACUUUGGUACCGUUUUAUACCAGGCCAAGGCCAAUUCUGUGGUUUUAAAAAUGGACCAUACCCAAGCCAAAUUUUUAUUGACUUUUCCCUGUUUUUAAACCUUUUACAGGGUAGCUUGCGAAUGCAUCUCAAAGUAUAUGAGGUGGUUAUGUUUGUUUCAUCAACACUGAGACAUUCUGGCUGGUGCAGAUUAGGUGAAUGGAAAAUAUAUUUCGGGGGGGGG